AUGGAAAAGAAUAAUAAAAAUUCAUCAAACGAUAAAGAAGCUCAGAAAAAUGCAAAGAAAAUAAAAGACGAGAGUAUUUUGCCACCCAAAAUGUUUUCAAACCCUUCUCAAAAUAAUUCAGAAAAUUCUGACUCGAAAAAUGAUAAAAACACAAAUCCUAAAUCAACAAAUCAAAACAAAUCUGGAGAGACAGAUGAUAAUGAAGUCAAUAAACAGGAAGAGCGUAAAAAGGCUGAUAAUGAAUAUGAUAAUUCAAAGGAUAGACAGAAGGCUAAACCAGCUCAUUUUGAAGAUGAUAUUCUUGCUGAGUUAAAGAGAGAAUUCCCAACGGACAAAACGAAAUCUAAAAGAAGGGUUCGACUUGAGAAUAAAAAAGAAUAUAAGGAAGAUACAGGCAGUGAACAAAAGGCUGAUCUUGAUGAUGAUGAUGGACCAAAACCACGAGCCAGAUCUAAUGCCAUCAAGGAAGGUCUUAGAGCUGAGCCCGAAUUUCCGGAUAUGCCUAGUCAGGAUAUCAUUGUGGAAAAGGGAGGAGCAACUAGUGGUCAAAAUUUAAUGGGUGAAAAAGGUUUCAUCUCCAGCUUGUUGUUUGAUGUAAUUUCCAAAGAAGAUGUUUAUCCUUUAGAAGAAUCGAAAUCGAAGCCAAUUAGUAAGCAGAAUUUGCUCGAACAGAAGUCUACAGUUAUGGCUGUCAGGUCAGAUAUUAGUGCUCUUUUUGAUAAGAAAAAGGCCAAAUCCGUCACCUUUCUUGCAGCUAAAAAGAAACCCAGCAAAAGCAAGUCAGCCGUUUCAAGACGAUUACACCAAAAACCUAUUGAGUCUCAAGUAUCGGUUACAACAAAGUCACAGAACUUACCACCAGAUUUACAACAUUUGAAAUCUGGCUGGCAACCAACAGAAGAUGUUGAGGAAACACCGCAGGUUGGCUUCCGUCAAAGAAAACAGUCUUGGGUGGGAACAUAUGUUGAUGGUACAGAUUACUGGUCUAAGAGAGAAACAUCAACAGAACAGGAAGAGGUUCCGUUUGAAAUAGAUCAGCGGGGCCAGACAUGGUAUGACUUGCCUGUUGCUGAUGAAGUUCAGAUCGAAAUACCUACAGCAGCAAAACGCACACUAUCCAGAGCCAAGUUUGAUGCCAUAAAAAUGCAGUCACCACAGGAACUGGCAGAGAGUGCAGAUGAGGACAAAAAACGAUUGUUUUCCUUCGAUGAUAGAGAACCUAUACCAGAGAAGAUCAGCAGCGAUUUGUACCAAAUGUUUCUGGAAUUUUGCAAAACGGACGAUUUAUCUGCGGUACAAAAUCGCCUCUCACUUUUAAACGCUGACAGAAGUCUGGAAAAAGUUGGGCUCCUAGAUCACAAGAAACUUACAAUGGUACACACGGGCUUAUGUUUUAAAGCAGCUGGAGGUAGCAGGUACCGUGGUUUAUCAUUCGCACAGUACAAGCUGUUUAUAGAAAUGGUUGCUGAAACUAGAAAAAUGCCAGUUUUUGAUUUCGUAAACAGGUUGAAGCUUGGAUAUGCUGGAAUUAUUGUUCUUCCUGCUGAUCGAGGAUAA